CGGACUAAUUCCCCUCAUUUGACCCCUCUCCUCCUCCCUCCCACAGCCUAUGACAGCUCCUCUUCCCUUGCAUUCGAGUGAAUAUCUCCCCACAGUCGACAACAGCUUCUCACCGUUGCCGCUCCGCCGGUUCGCCAACGCCACAGUCGCCGUUCAAUAAAGGGUUGCAAGUUUCUAUUUAGGUCUGACUGAUGAUUACAAGAAAAACAUGCUGUUGCAUCUUCCUUGUUCAGAGAAGUAACCUUGUUCAGUUUAGGUCUGACUGACAGAUGCCAUUUAGGAUGAUCUGAGAAGUAACCUUGUUCAGUGCUCUUCAUCUCAUCCCCUGCUCCAUCUCGAUGCAAGACUUAGUAAAUAACUAGGGUCGCACUCCCACCAUUUACUUCGAAAGACCAGGAAUAGAUGAAGCGCCGCCGCCUUACCUACCACCUAUUCUAGUCAUAUAGAACAACAAAACAACCUACAAACGACCACUCGAUUGAAUGGUAGAUGGCAUUGACCUGGUUCUCUCCGUCUCUCUGACAUAUAUUUUCGAUAAUCGAUAUCUUGUUCGCCGAUCUCAUCGACAAGAACCUCCUUCAAUUGAGAGAGGAAGAGAGAACCUACAGGGUAGCAAUGGUGAUAAUGGGUAAGAAUCAGCGCCACGUUGUUAUGGUUCCUUGGUUAGCCUUCGGCCACAUGAUUCCAUUUUUGGAGCUCUCCAAAGCCCUGGCAGCUAGAGGGAUCAACAUUUCUUUUUUCUGCACCCCAAGAAACAUAGAAAAGCUUCGGCCCAAGAUUCCCCCACACCUCACAUCCCGCAUCGAUCUCCUGGGCUUCCCGUUGCCGCCCGUAGCUGGUUUGCCGGAAAACGCAGAGGCCACCGCUGAUCUGGAGCAAGAUGCAGUGCAGCACCUGAAGAAAGCCUAUGACACGCUGCAAGAGCCGCUGGAGAAGCUACUAAAGUCGACGUCUCCGGACUGGAUUAUAUACGAUUUUGCCGCUUAUUGGGCGCCCCCGAUCGCAAGAAAGUUCGGCAUCCCCUGCUCCUUCUACAGCGUCUUUAAUGCUGGAAGUACAUAUAUUUUUGGCACCCUCUCAGAGCGGUCUGUCAGAAUGGGAAGACCACCGACAGCCGAAAAUUUGGCAGAUGUUGACUGGUUCAAUUUCCCGUCGGCCGUCAGGUACAAGCUGCACGAGGCGGGCCGGCUCUGCAGCGGCUUGGGACGAAACGCGUCUGGUGUGUCCGAUGAAGAACGCAUGGAAUCCGCAAUCAAGGGAUGCCAAAGCCUGCUUGUUAAGACUUGCAUGGAGUUCGAAGGGGAAUAUAUAGCUGCCCUUCAAUACCUUUGCCAGAAACCUGUGAUUCCCGUCGGUCUGCUCCCUGCAGCAGUAGAAGAAGAACAAGCUUCAAGAGUAUCGAACCCUGAAUCGGUCGCGUGCUUUAGGUGGCUAGAUCAGCGGGACCCAAGAUCCGUUGUGUAUGUGGCUUUCGGAACGGAGGCUAGGCUGAGCAAGGAGGAGAUACAAGCGAUAGCGGUGGGGCUUGAGCUAUCCAAUCUGCCCUUCUGCUGGAUAUUGAGGAGGCCGGGCCAUGUUUCUGCUUCUAAUGCUACUGCUGGUGGCGGUGAUGAUAAAGAAGACGAUGUUGAUGAUCCUCUGCCACCUGGUUUUCGAGACCGAAUGGCGAAAAGAGGCUUCAUUAGCAUGAGCUGGGUGCCGCAGGUGAAAAUCUUAGCUCAUCGGUCCAUUGGAGCAUGCCUGCACCAUGCCGGGAUGAGCUCCACCGUGGAGGCGCUCCAGUUCGGCCUGCCUCUUGUCCUUUUGCCAAUGGUGUUCGACCAAGGAUUGAUAGCAAGACUAUUGGUGGAGAAGAAUGUGGGCAUCGAGGUGGAGAAAGAUGAUAGGAAUGGGAGGUUCAGCGGGUCUGAGGUUGCCAAAGCACUGAGGCUGGUCAUGGUUGAAGAUGAAGGCAAGCUCAUCCUGGAGAAAGUAAGGGAGAUGAAGUCCUCCGUCUUCGAUAACCAGGAACUCAAUGAUGGCUACAUUAAUAGGCUGGUUAAACUUAUAAGUUUCCAAGGAAAAGAAGAAGCAGAAGAAAGGGCAGCAGCAGGUAACAGUGGUUGAACACACAAGCUAUCCUUUAGAGGAGGACGCCGACUUGAUCUGGUAGUUGUGGUAUACGGUCUUGUAUGCAGCUGCUACUGCAACUGCAACUCUCUCUGUUCUCUCUCAAGCAGCGUUUUUGUACCCCCAUGAAUUGCGUUCUCCCGUUGAAUAUUGUUGGCCCUUGCAGACAAUAAACGUCAAAGCCUUUAGCUUUA